UGGCUGCCAGUGCCACGUUUGCUGAGGUGUGACGUGCUGGUUCCAAGGUGGUGGCAGUCAGAGACAUGUAUUCUGUAAUGUGCUUCCACCAGAUGAGACUGACAACUGGCUCCUUCUCCCUGUGUGAAGUGACUUUCUUCAAAAUCCCAAGCUAAUGGUGCACUCAUAAAUGAUGAGUAAAUUCCAGAGCAGUGCUCCUCAUGAUCCUUGGCGCUGGUUGUCUCUACCUUCCGAGGGCUUGGUCUGCUCUUGCAGGAGUAGCGUUUCUUCACUCUCUACGCUCCCUCCUUCAUACAAGGUUUCCCCACAUAGGACAUUUCUUAACUAUAAUUAUUAAUAGUUGCUGGGGUCCCUACUGUUUGGAACCCCACCCGUCACAGCCAGGAUUUUGAAUGGAGAGAUCGUAAAGCUUGUGCCCUGCCACUGAUGUCACUAUGAUGCUGAAGGAACCAUAGACCAUGGAGGUGCAUGUGUUCCCACCCAUCCUAUCAGCCUCCACCGUGUGCUCAUGCAGUGAGGUUGUGUGAGCCAGCCCUGUUGUAGAUAUCGGGGUAUAGCGUCUGUGGAGCCCCAGCCUGUCGGUAGAUGCUCUUUGUGGGUUUAAACCCCUUUAAUCUCUCUGGAGAAGCAGGAUCCACAUUCUGGAGGAGUGGGGACCUCGGUUCUGCUGCAUCAAGCUUUAUGGAUCAGAGCGCCCAUUAUGGCCGAUCAGUGACCGAAUACAGGAUCUAAUGCUGCCCCAGACAGAAGUGGCAGACUUUCAGGGAGCCUUUGGUAGAGAGCUUUUCCGAGCAGGUUGUGGCAUGUUCCCAGCGCAGAUCACAGGAGCUGUGGCAGGAGAUGCUGCUGUCUUCUGAACUGCUUACUGCUUCUCAUGGUGCUUUGCUCCUUCUGGUUCGGCAUCAGAAGUGACCGAUGGCGUCAUGGGGUCCCUCCGUCCUGUGGACUCCGGACACUACGGUUUUCCUCUGUACGGCUGUAUAAAGCCUCCAUAUCAUCCACACAAAGCGCCCACUUUAUGUCGUCCUCACCCAGGGGCACCACCACUAACCUCUCCGUCGACUCCUCAUCACCUCAAGACCUUUAUAAAGACAUCGCUCUGCAAAGGAUGCUGUAUGAGAAGCCGGAUGCCUUGAAGUCCCCGAGGUCUGACAUCUCCAUGAUGGCUCCCUGGUUCGCCCCUAUUGUCUGGAACGGCACCUAUAACAUUGACAUAUUGAAUGCACAGUUCCAGUCAAGAGGCGUCCACAUCGGCCUCACGGUGUUUGCUGUUAAGAAAUAUACCGUUUUUGUCCCGACUUUUCUAGAGACGGCUGAGAAGUAUUUCAUGGUGGGACACAAGGUCAACUACUAUGUGUUUACAGACCGUGUGAGUGACAUUCCAAUCAUAGAGCUGGCGGAGGGCAGGCGAAUGGUGGUACUGAGUGUGCCCACCUACCAGAGAUGGCAGGACGUGUCCAUGAGGCGCAUGGAGAUACUCCAGGACUAUUCCCGCCAGCGAUUCAUGGAUGAGGUGGAUUACCUGGUGUGUGUGGAUGUGGACAUGAGGUUCAAUGAUGAGGUUGGGGUGGAGAUCUUAAGCAACCUGUUUGGGACACUACAUCCGGGCCUGUACAGGGCCCCACGUGAAGGUUACACGUAUGAGCGGAACCCACAGUCUGAGGCCUACAUCCCCCUAGACGAGGGAGACUUUUAUUAUGCCGGGGGCUUCUUUGGGGGGAAUGUAGAAGAGGUUCACAAGCUGACCAACUUCUGCCAUAACGCCAUAAUGACGGACAAGGCCAAGAACAUUGAGGCCAUCUGGCACGACGAGAGCUACCUCAACAAAUACUUCUUGUACCACAAGCCCUCCAAGAUCCUGUCCCCGGAAUAUCUGUGGGACGACGACUUUGGCACACCGCCCUUCCUCAAGAGAAGGAGAUUUCUCGCUGUGAGAAAAAACCACAAAGAAAUACGGAACUAGAAAAAACGAGAAUAAAAAACCUUUAUUAUUCUUUGUGAUGUCAUCGAGGGGCACUGGAUUAUCGGAUGUGGACCGCUCCUCCUUGUAGAUAAGCCUGGGAACAGCUGCUGAGCUCUUGGAAGUACUGCACCAUGCGGCUUCAGUUUCUGUUGGUCAGCAAAGAGCACAUUCGCUGUUCACAGCUGGGGUGUCGUUAAUAAACAUCAGCAGCGACGAGAGCCAUCAAGGUUCAUGCUCACGACUGUGGUGGUUUUGCAGUCUGCAAAUUGCGGAUCCGCAAAACAGUUACCGGCCGUGUGCAUUCUGUGAAACGGAACAGCCGGACCCUAAUAGAACAGAUCUAUCACCGUCUGUAAUAUGGACACAUUCUAUGGUCUUGUGGAACGGCCGUUAAGUGAAUGGUUCCACAUAUGAGCCUAGAAAAACCACGGAAUUAACAAGGACAAAAAAUACAUUCGUGAGCAUCAGCCCUUAGUCUGAACUUCAGGAAAGGAGAAAGAUUUGUGUUGCUGCUGAGACCGGUUACUUUUAUAUAUAAUCUGCUCAGCUCCUCCUGCUCUAUAACACACUGCCUGCAGAUUACACGGUGACAGGUUCUCUGUAUAUAUAAUCUGCUCAGCUCCU